CCGGGGAGCGCGCGCGGGGCCGGCCGCCGUGAGCGUGGGGGAACGUGGACCGCGGGGCGGCGGUGUGACUGGCUUUCCUCGGCCCAGCUCCCGGGUCCCUGGCUGGGACACUGUGCGGCGGCGGAGCUGCGGUCUCUGAGGCCGGAGGAGGAGGCCGGGACCGGGCAUGGUGGUCUGGGGCAACGCGGAAGAAGCUCCACCAUGAGGCGAGGUGGAUGGAGGAAGCGGGCUGAAAAUGAUGGCUGGGAAAAAUGGGGUGAGUAUAUGGCUGCCAAGGUCCAGAAAUUGGAGGAACAGUUUCGAUCAGAUGCUGCUAUGCAGAAGGAUGGGACUUCAUCUACAAUUUUUAGUGGAGUUGCCAUCUAUGUUAAUGGAUAUACAGAUCCUUCUGCUGAGGAAUUGAGAAAACUAAUGAUGUUGCAUGGAGGUCAGUACCAUGUGUAUUAUUCCAGAUCCAAAACAACACACAUUAUUGCCACAAAUCUUCCUAAUGCCAAAAUUAAAGAAUUGAAGGGGGAAAAAGUAAUUCGACCAGAAUGGAUUGUGGAAAGCAUCAAAGCUGGACGUCUCCUCUCCUACAUUCCAUAUCAGCUGUAUACCAAGCAGUCCUGUGUGCAGAAAGGUCUCAACUUUAAUCCUGUAUGCAAAUCUGAGGAUCCUGUGCCAGGUCCAAGCAAUAUAGCCAAACAGUUCAACAACAGGGUAAAUCAUACAGUUAAGAAGAUUGAGACAGAAAAUGAAGUCAGAGUCAAUGGAAUGAACACUUGGAAUGAAGAUGCAAAUAAUGAUUUUAGUUUUAUGGAUCUGGAGCAGACCUAUCUGGGAAGGAAGCAGAAUGGAAUUCCGCAUCCCAAAGGCAGCACUGCUAUUUUUAAUGGACACACUCAUAGCUCUAAUGGUGCCUUAAAGACACAGGAUUGCUUGGUGCCCAUGGGCAACAGUGUUGCCAGCAGGCUUUCUCCAGACUCUGCUCAGGAGGAGAAGGCUGAGAAGAGCCUCACUGACUUUAGAGACUGCACUCUGCAGCAGUUACAGCAAAGCACCACAAACACAGAUGCUUUGCGGAAUCCACACAGAACUAAUUCUUUCUCAUUAUCGUCUUUGCACAGUAACACUAAAAUCAAUGGUGCUCACCACUCUACUGUUCAGGGGCCUUCAAGCACAAAAAGCACUUCCUCAGUACCUACUCCUAGCAAGGCAGUACCUUCAGUGCCAUCCAAACCUUCAGACUGCAGUUUUAUUUCAGACUUCUAUGCUCAUUCAAGACUGCAUCACAUAUCAAUGUGGAAGUGUGAAUUGACUGAGUUUGUCAAUACUCUACAGAGACAAAGUAGUGGUAUCUUUCCAGGAAGGGAAAAGUUAAAAAAAAUGAAAACAGGCAGGUCUGCACUUGUUGUAACUGACACAGGAAAUAUGUCAGUAUUGAGUUCACCAAGACAUCAGAGCUGUAUAAUGCAUGUUGAUAUGGAUUGCUUCUUUGUAUCAGUGGGUAUACGAAAUAGACCAGAUCUCAAAGGAAAACCAGUGGCUGUUACAAGUAACAGAGGCACAGGAAGGGCACCUUUACGUCCUGGCGCUAACCCCCAGCUGGAGUGGCAGUACUAUCAGAACAAAAUCCUGAAAGGCAGAGCAGCAGAUAUACCAGAUUCAUCUAUGUGGGAGAAUCAAGAUUCUGCACAAAUAAAUGGAAUUGAUUCUGUUUUAUCAAAGGCUGAAAUUGCAUCUUGUAGUUAUGAAGCCAGACAAGUUGGCAUUAAGAAUGGAAUGUUUUUUGGGUAUGCUAAACAGUUAUGUCCCAGUCUUCAAGCUGUUCCGUAUGAUUUUCAUGCCUACAAGGAAGUUGCACGAGCAAUGUAUGAAACGUUAGCAAGCUACACUCAUAACAUCGAAGCAGUCAGUUGUGAUGAAGCCCUGGUAGACAUCACCGAGAUUCUUGCCGAGACCAGACUUACUCCUGAUGAGUUUGCAAGUGCUAUUCGUAUGGAAAUCAAAGACCAGACGAAAUGUGCUGCUUCUGUUGGUAUUGGUUCUAAUAUUCUCCUGGCUAGAAUGGCAACUAGAAAAGCAAAACCAGAUGGGCAAUACCACUUAAAACCAGAAGAAGUAGAUGAUUUUAUCAGAGGUCAGCUAGUUACUAACCUACCAGGAGUUGGACGUUCGAUGGAAUCUAAGUUGACAUCUUUGGGAAUUAAAACUUGUGGAGACUUACAGUAUAUGACCAUGGCAAAACUCCAAAAAGAAUUUGGUCCCAAAACAGGUCAGAUGCUUUAUAGGUUCUGCCGUGGUUUGGAUGAUAGACCAGUUCGAACUGAAAAGGAAAGAAAAUCUAUUUCAGCUGAGAUCAACUAUGGAAUAAGGUUUACCCAGCCAAGAGAGGCAGAAGCUUUUCUUCUGAGUCUUUCAGAAGAAAUUCAAAGACGACUGGAGGCCGCUGGCAUGAAGGGUAAACGUCUGACUCUUAAAAUCAUGGUGCGAAAGCCAGGGGCCCCUGUAGAACCGGCAAAAUUUGGAGGUCAUGGAAUUUGUGAUAACAUUACCAGGACUGUAACUCUUGACCAGGCAACAGAUAGUGCAAAAAUAAUUGGAAAGGCUACGCUAAACAUGUUUCAUACAAUGAAACUAAAUAUAUCGGAUAUGAGGGGGGUUGGGAUUCAAGUGAAUCAGUUAGUUCCAGCUAAUCCAAACCCUUUCUCAUGUGCCAGUCGCUCAUCAGUUCAGUCAAGCCACUUUCCUGGUGGGUCACACUCUGUCCGUGAGCUCUUCCAAGUUCAGAAAGCUAAGAAAUCGACAGAAGAGGAGCACAAGGAAGUAUUUCUGGCUGCUGUGGAUCUGGAAAUGUCACCUGCCUCUAGAACUUGCACUUUCUUGCCAUCUUUUCCUACACACCUGCCAGCUAGUAUCAGUCCUGAUACUAGCAAAGCUGAGUCUUCAGGGAAAUGGAAUGGUCUACAUUCUCCUGUCAAUGUACAGUCAAGACUUAACCUGAGCAUAGAGGUCCCGUCUCCUUCUCAGCUGGAUCAGUCUGUUUUAGAAGCUCUUCCACCCGAUCUGCGGGAACAAGUAGAGCAAUUCUGUGCUAUUCAGCAAGGAGAGUCACAUGGCGACAGAAAGAAAGAACCAAUAAAUGGUUCUAAUAUGGGAAUUACACCACAACCAGUUGGGACAGUUUUGUUGCAAAUACCAGAACCUCAAGAAUCUAACAGUGACACAGGAAUAAACUUAAUAGCCCUUCCAGCAUUUUCACAGGUGGACCCUGAGGUGUUUGCUGCCCUCCCUGCUGAGCUUCAGAAGGAGCUGAAAGCAGCAUAUGAUGAAAGACCAAGGCAGGGAGAGAACAGCACUCACCAGCAGUCAGCCAGUGCAUCUGUGUCAAAGAAUUCUUUACUUCAUCUAAAACCAGCAGCAGUGAAAGAUAAGAAGAGAAGCAAGAAGAAAAACCUCAUCAGUACCCCCAAAAAGAUACAGAGUCCUUUGAAAAAGAAGCUGCUUAACAGUCCUGCAAAAACUCUGCCAGGGCCCUGUGGGAGUCCCCAGAAGUUAAUUGAUGGAUUUCUAAAACAUGAAGGAUCUGUUCCUGAGAAACCACUGGAAGACCUCUCAGCUUCCACUUCAGGUGUGCCAGACCCUUCUAAUUUGCACCCUGACCUGGCUGUCUGUGUUAGACCUCCAGCACCCAACCUGGCUGGAGCUGUUGAAUUCAAUGAUGUGAAGACCUUGCUCAAAGAAUGGAUAACUACUAUUUCAGAUCCAAUGGAAGAAGACAUUCUGCAAGUUGUGAAAUACUGUACUGAUCUAAUAGAGGAAAAAGAUUUGGAAAAACUAGAUCUAGUUAUAAAAUACAUGAAAAGGUUGAUGCAGCAGUCGGUGGAAUCAGUUUGGAAUAUGGCAUUUGACUUUAUUCUUGACAAUGUUCAGGUGGUUUUACAACAAACUUAUGGAAGCACAUUAAAAGUUACAUAAAUACCACCAGGGAGCCUAGUGCUCUCUGUUAGCUGUGCCAUAAGUGCUUGUGAGGUAUUUGAAAAGUGCAUGAUAGUAAUGCUGAGUUUUUAUAAUUUUAAAUUUCUUUUAAAGCAAGUGUUUUGUACAUUUCUUUUCAGAAAGUGCCAAAUUUGUCAGUAUUGCAUGUAAAUAAUUGUGUUAAUUCUUUUACUGUAGCAUAGACUAUUUACAAAAUGUUUGUUUAUAAAGUUUUAUGGAUUUUUACAGUGAAGUGUUUACAGUUGUUUAAUAAAGAACUGUAUGUA